AUGACAACAAAGAACUACCAACAUGUCUUGGCUCUGGAAUCUGCAGUUAAGGAGAUCAAUGAGAAUGUCAAGAUGUUGCCAAAUGUCUCCCUUGGGUUCCAUAUCUAUGAGAGUUAUUCUGAUGAAUGGAUGACCUAUCAGGCUACUUUGAACUUGCUCUGCAGAUCCCAUAGAUUUGUCCCCAACUAUAGAUGUGACACCAAGAAGAGUCUAAUAGCUGUCAUUGGGGGACUUAGUCCUGAGGUCUCUCUCCGUAUGGCAGAUAUUCUAGAGCUCCACAAAGUUCCACAGUAUUAUGGGGUGACUUACUCCGAUGCUGAGCUCACAUAUGGGUCAUUUGCCCAAGAGGAGAAGGAGAUUAGGCAACCCCGUUCCUUUUACCACAUGGAACUAAAUGAAGUCCAACAGAUCGUGAGGUUACUUAAACAUUUCCAGUGGACUUGGGUUGGGCUUUUCAUUGUGGAUGAUGACAGCGGAGAACACUUCUUGUAUAGUCUAGAGCCAUUACUUAACCCCAAUGGGAUCUGUCUAGCCUUCGUCAAAAGAAUAGUAUCCCAUCAUCAGGAAGAGGAUAUGGAUUACUUCAGUUAUUUGUUCUUCACAGCACACCUGCAUUUCAAACAUACCCAAGCAAGUGCAUUCAUCCUUUAUGGAAGACCUACUACCAUUAACUGGCUGAUGACAUUAAUAUCCUUAGGAGGGACUGGAGAUGAAGAAAAUCCCUCACUUAGAAAAGUGUGGAUUCUGGUGGGCCAAGUUGAUUUUUCAUUAACAUCCCUCCAGAGGAAGUGGAAUUUUGAAUUCUACCAAGGUGCCAUUUUCUUCACACCUCAUUCAGAGAAUCUUGAAGGUUUCCAGAAGUUUCUUCAAAAUGUGAAACCUUAUAAGAAACAAGGAGAUGGCUUUCUGAAGUACUUCUGGGAACAAGCAUUUGGCUGUUCAUUUCCAAAAUCCGAGGACCCAGAGAAUAGCGAUGCGACAUGUACUGGGGAAGAGAGACUGGAGAGCCUUCCUGGGCCAAUUUUUGAAAUGAGCGUGACUGGCCAGAGCUAUAGCAUCUAUAAUGCUGUCUAUGCUGUGGCACAUGCCUUGCAUUCCAUGUCUGCUUCCACAUCCAAGCACAGACGAAUGGAUAGUAAAGGAGAUGAAUUGCAGGAUCUUCAGCCUUGGCUGGUGCUCCCUACAUCUAUAUGUAACGGACACUGUCAGCCUGGUUAUCAUAAGAAAAAGAAGGAAGGGGAGAAGUUUUGCUGCUACGAUUGCGUUCCGUGCCAAGAAGCAAAGAUUGCAAACCAGGAGGAUAUGGAAGACUGUGUCACAUGUCCAGAAGAUCAAUAUCCAAGCACGGACCAGGAUCGAUGCAUGCAGAAGAAUAUAAACUUUCUAUCUUAUGAAGAACCUUUAGGCAUCAGUUUAACUGCUGUUGCUGCUUCUUUCUCCCUGAUCACACUUUGGGUUCUAGGAGUUUUUAUUAGAUACAAAGAUACCCCCAUAGUCAGAGCCAACAACUGGGAAAUCACCUACAUGCUUCUAGUUUCCCUUAUGCUCUGCUUCCUCUGUUCCUUGCUGUUCCUUGGACAGCCAAACAAGGUGACCUGCUUCCUCCGACAAUCCACUUUCGGCAUCAUCUUUUCAGUGGCUGUUUCUUGUGUCUUGGCCAAAACUGCCAUUGUGGUGGUAGCUUUCAUGGCCACCAAACCCGGGUCCUAUAUGAAGAAAUGGGUGGGGAAAAGGAUGACUACCACCUGUGUGCUUUCCUGUUCUCUUGUUCAAGCAGCCCUUUGUACCGUGUGGCUAGGAACCUCACCACCCUUCCCAGAUUUCGAUAUGCAAGCAAUGACUAAAGCGAUCAUAGCAGAAUGUAAUGAAGGCUCAGUUGUCAUGUUUUAUGUUGUCCUGGGCUACAUGGGAUUUCUGUCCUUCAUCAGCUUGACUGCAGCUUUCCUAGCCAGGAAGUUGCCAGACAGUUUUAAUGAGUCCAAGUUCAUCACCUUCAGCAUGCUGGUGUUUUGCAGUGUUUGGUUAUCCUUUGUUCCAGCUUAUCUGAGCAGCAAAGGGAAGUAUAUGGUAGCUGUGGAGAUCUUCUCAAUCUUAGCCUCCAGUGCUGGGUUGCUGGUUUGUAUCUUUUCCCCAAAAUGUUACAUUAUUCUGCUGAGGCGUGACCUGAACAGCAGAGAGCAGUUAAUAUUAAGGAAAAAAUGA